UUUUCCAGCAUUUUCCAGCUACUGUGGCUACAAUAUUUGGUCUAAGUCUUUUAAAUCUCAUUCAAAACUCCCAACUUCACAUAUCAAUCAGCAAGCAUCUCUUGUUCUCCAUCUUAAACCUGAAGUUGAAAUUGAGAGUUUGGAACUGGUAAUUGAAACACAAGUGAUGGUGUUCUGGGAAGAGUAUGUGAGUGAUGAAACAAUGGGAACAUAUGCCCCAAUUGUGGUCUACUGGUUGUACUCGGGGUUUUAUCAGAUGUUGUCGCCACUCGACAAUUACAGGCUACACACUAGAAAGGAAGAGAGUGAAAAGAAUGUGGUGCCAUUGUCGUCUGUUAUCAGAGGUGUUCUGAUUCAACAGCUUGCUCAGGUUGUCGUUGCACAGGCUUUGUUUAUGCUGACCAGAGAAGUGAGUUCAUCAGGAAGCAUAGUUCAGCCUGUUCAGCAAACCCUAGUCAUCCAAAUUCUGCAAAUUAUAGUUGCAACGCUUGUCAUGGACACUUGGCAAUACUUUGUACACCGAUACAUGCACCAGAACAAAUUUUUGUACCGCCAUAUCCACUCCCAACACCAUAGACUGGUUGUCACUUACGCAAUUGGGGCGCUCUACAAUCACCCGCUUGAGGGUCUCCUGCUCGAUACUGUUGGCGGGGCCAUCUCUUUCCUUGUAUCCGGAAUGACUGCCAGAACAGCUGUGGCAUUCUUUUGCUUUGCUACUAUAAAAACGGUAGAUGAUCAUUGUGGAUUAUGGCUGCCUGGUAAUGUCUUCCAUCUGAUUUUUCAAAACAACACUGCCUAUCAUGAUGUUCAUCAUCAACUUCAAGGUACGAAGUACAACUAUUCACAACCUUUCUACCCUAUCUGGGAUCUGCUGCUUGGAACCCAUAUGCCUUACCGUCUUGUAAAGAGACCCGAAGGAGGCUUUGAGGCAAGGUUGAUGAAAGACUGA